CUGGGUAGGAUGCGUCACUUUCUCCGUGGAUGGCAAGCACAUCCUCAGCGGAGGUUCCGACAGGAUGAUAUCGGGGUGGGCAGUGCCCAAGGAUGCUUGGCCUGAAUCAAAGGUAUUUUACUGUUAUUUUUCUGCCCCUUCGUCAUGUCAUAUAGCAUAUCUUUGAAUGUCAAGGCUCGAGUCUUUGCAAACCGCGAUAUGGCCAACUCGGAAAAAUCACUGUGGGAGGACGUACUUCUCGAUGCGCAAAAGGUAAUCGAGUUGAACCCUUCGUCGCAUAUUGGAUACCGGUUGAAGCAUACAGCGCUUCAUGGCGCACAACGCUACAAUGAAGCUAUCGAGGCCUUCAAAGUGAUGCUCGCCAAAUUGGACAAUGCUCACGAUAUGCAGAUACGAAAGCUGCGUGAACAGUAUGCCAGUCCCUCCGAAGCAGAUGAUGUCAUUCAAAAGGUCAUAAAUGUUCAGCUUGACACCGCCCCGCUUCGUCUGUUCGACACCACCACUGGGCUUCUAUGUGAUCGAGAAACACAGAUAAGCGCUUUUAAAACGACCACAAAGUACAAGCAGCUUCUGCUAUCGAUUAUGAAGCACGCAGACCUCCCAAGGGAGAUCAUCACAGAUGUAGUGGCGAAAUACUUCGGAUGUGUCAUGUUAUCACAUAGAUGGGAAGGAAAGGAGCCGUUGCUGCGUGACAUCAAGGACAAGGCCGUGUUCCAGCUGGAGGCAACCGGCGGUCUCAGAAAAUUGCAGUUAUUCUGCAAGAAAGCGCACCAGGCAGGGUUUCACUGGGCGUGGGUUGAUUCGUGCUGCAUCGACCAGAACAACAAUUACUACCAUGCAGCGCUUACGAUCGUCUACCUCUCUGAUGUUCCGCCUUCGUCCAAGUCUGGCGCGCUAACAAGGAGUGCUUGGAACACCCGAGGGUGGACCGUCCCAGAAUUCCUGGCUCCUAAAGUCAUUCUCUUCUACCAACAAGAUUGGACUCUAUAUCUCGACAAUGACUCUCACAACCACAAGGAGUCAGUCGAGAUUAUGCAUGAGCUGGAGGGUGCGACGGGCGUAGAUGCUCGCGCCCUCGUUGCCUUCCAACAGGGGAUGAGAGACGCUCGAGAGAAACUCAAAUGGGCGUCUACGCGUGUCACUUCUGUGGCGGAAGAUAUUGCGUACUCACUGUUUGGUAUCUUCGGCAUCCAACUACCUAUCCUUUACGGCGAGAAUAAGGAAAAUGCACUCGGGCGGCUCCUGCAGGAGAUCGUGGCUCGAUCGGGGGACAUUACAGCCCUCGACUGGGUCGGACAACCAUCCACGUUCAACAGUUGUCUCCCAGCCGACAUUUCAUCAUACGCAGCUCCUCCAUGCGCCCUCCCACUUUUGUCUGAAGACCAGAUUCAGACUGCCGUCUCUUCGCUGCAACAUACUGUGGCUGUAGAAUUGGCUUCAAGUUUUUAUGACCGGCUUGACAAUUGCAUCGUGUCACAGAAGUCAGACGGAGGCAGGAUCUAG